AUGACCUGCUGGCUGCCUAUGCUGGGCCUGCACCUGCUGCUGCUGCCCACGGCUCCUCCCCUGGCCGCGGGCUGCCCCGCGCGCUGCGAGUGCUCUGCGUCCACCCGGACCGUGGCCUGCGGACGCCGCCGGCUGACCGCCAUCCCCGAAGGCAUCCCGGCCGAGACGCGCCUCCUGGAGCUCAACCGCAACCGCAUCCGCUGCCUGAACCCCGGGGACCUGGCCUCGCUGCCCACCCUAGAGGAGCUGGACCUCAACCACAACGUGAUCGCCCACGUGGAGCCCGGGGCCUUCGCCAACCUGCCCCGCCUGCGCAUCCUGCGUCUCCGUGGCAACCAGCUGAAGCUCAUCCCGCCCGGCGUGUUCACGCACCUGGACAGCCUCACGCUGCUGGACCUGAGCGAGAACAAGCUGGUCAUCCUGCUGGAUUUCAGCUUCCAGGACCUGCGCAGCCUGCAGCGGCUGGAGGUGGGCGACAAUGACCUGGUGUUCAUCUCCCGCAGGGCCUUCGCGGGGCUGCUGGGGCUGGCCGAGCUCACCCUGGAGCGCUGCAACCUCACCUCUCUGUCCCCGGAGUCGCUGGGCCACCUGCGGGGCCUGGGCGCCCUGCGCCUGCGCCACCUGGCCAUCGCCGCCCUGGAGGACCAGAACUUCCAGAAGCUUCCGGGCCUGUCGCACCUGGAGAUCGACAACUGGCCGCUGCUGGAGGAGGUGGCCCCGGGCAGCCUGCGCGGGCUGAACCUCACGUCGCUGUCCAUCACGCACACCAACAUCACGGCCGUGCCGGCCGCCGCGCUGCGACAGCAGGCCCACCUCACGUGCCUCAACCUGUCCCACAACCCCAUCAGCACCGUGCCGCGGGGCUCCUUCCGGGACCUGGUGCGACUGCGCGAGCUGCACCUGGCGGGCGCCCUGCUGGCUGUCAUUGAGCCGCAGGCCUUCGUGGGGCUGCGGCAGAUCCGCCUGCUCAACCUCUCGGACAACCUGCUGUCCACGCUGGAGGAGAACACGUUCCACUCGGUGAACACGCUCGAGACGCUGCGCGUGGACGGCAACCCGCUGGCCUGCGACUGCCGCCUGCUGUGGAUCGUGCAGAGGCGGAAGACCCUGAACUUCGACGGCAGGCUCCCGGCCUGCGCCACCCCCGCCGAGGUGCGCGGCGACGCGCUGCACAUCCUCCCGGACUCGGUGCUCUUUGAGUACUUCGUGUGUCGCAAGCCCAAGAUCCGGGAGAGGCGGCUGCAGCACGUGACGGCCACCGAGGGCGACGACGUGCGCUUUCUGUGCCGGGCCGAGGGCGAGCCGGUGCCCACGGUGGUCUGGGUGACGCCCCAGCACCACACGGUGACGGCUGCCAGCCGGGGCCGGGCACGCGUGCUGCCCGGGGGCACGCUGGCCGUGGCGGACACGCGGCCCCAGGACAGCGGCACCUACACGUGCGUGGCCAGCAACGCCGGAGGAAACGACACAUAUUUCGCCACCUUGACCGUCCAGCCGGCUGCCAACCGGACCCAGGGCGAUGGGCACAACGAGACGCAGGUGGGCGUCCGGUUCCCGCUGGACCUGACCACCAUCCUGGUGUCCACCGCCAUGGGGUGCAUCACCUUCCUGGGCGUGGUCCUCUUCUGCUUCCUGCUGCUCUUCGUGUGGAGCCGCGGCCGGGGGCAGCACAAGAAUCACUUCUCCGUGGAAUAUUCCUUCCGCAAGGUGGACGGGCCGACGGCCGCGGCCGGCCAGGGCGGCGCACGCAAGUUCAACAUGAAGAUGAUCUGAGCCGACCCCACGGUGGGCUGGUGGGGGAACCUCUCAGCCUCCAUCUAGUCCCAGAUAAUCUCCACCUAUGCAUAUUUUCUCCAGGGGCAAGCAUGGAGGCAGAACUUCCUCGUUUUUGUAGACAUCCACGGGACUGUUUUGAGCAGAUCACACCUUUUGCAGUUCCUGAAGUGUUUUCUAACGGUUUCAACCUGUCCUUUCCGCCCUCUGCUGUGGCUGCUGUGCUGGGACCCCAAU